AUGCUCCUCGUCCUCCUCCUCUGCGGCCUUCUGGGUGUCAUACUCGUCCUAGUCGUCCAGCGGCAUCGUUUCAACCGUCCCCUGCCCAACGCCAACCACGAUCGUCAGCGCCGUCAAGCCGACUUUGUUGCCCUCCCGCACAACCACAACGGCGUCAACAUGGACGACGACGCGGAAGAAGAAGACGAGGUCGAUCCGAUUUGCCGGAACUACAACUACCUCCGCUGUCGCGCGCGGACGUGCAAGUACAGACACAUCUGCGACGUACCCGGAUGCGGUGGCACCCAUCCGCGCACCCGCUGCCCUUUCCGCGAUACCUAG